UUUCAUAACUGCGAUACGAUGUUAUGCUAACGUGGCUAACAAGUGCUAAAGCGGUUAAGUGUAGUUUUCCAAAGUAUUUACCUCGCCAUUAAUUCCUCUUGUCUCUGUCUGUGGGCGUCGUCCCUCUGCUGGUCGUAGUAAAAGUCGUCUCUGAAGCCACCGUGCCUCCACGGAGCGUCCUUCUGCUCGGCCCAGCGACUGUGGUUAACACCGCCGCUGCCCGUGUGCCGCUCUCUGGAUCGGGAUCGACUGCGGCGGGGGCUCCCGAUUCGGAACCGUUUAAUAGUUUUGGCCUCCCUGAGUCGAUGCUCCCUCUCCUCUCGUUCGCGCUCCCUGUUACGAGGCUUCGGUGGUUUGGGCCCGAAGCUGUCCGGAGACAAACUCCCAUCUCGGCUGGGGCUGCGGGAGCGAGGAGUGCGGCUUCGACGGUGUCGAGGACUCCGGGGACUUAGUCGGUUGAACUGCGGCAUGGCUCAAGCGACUAUCCCGGACUAAUAUCUGGGAUAAAAGCUGCGAAAAGACAAAUUAAGCUACCAAGGAAAGCUGUGUUGCUACGAGUACGACCAGUCUCGAGCGCAUCCAAACCCGGAAGUGGUGCAUUAGUUUCUCCGUCAUUUCCGGGAGUCAUGUACAACGUUCUGCCCGUUUUAUUAACUAGAUGGACGCUUUCACACCCGGCCUCUAAAAGUUAAAAACUAUAUACAUUAGUAAUGUAAAACAAAUAACAUAUACAUAUAAAGUGAAUUAAUUUAAUUUCAGUCUAGCUAGUACGUUUUUGUAAGAUAGAUCAACGAAGAGGAAGUUACUGUGACGUUUUCCGUCGAGAAAAAUAACUUUGAAGUGAAACAACGUCGGGGCUUGUAUUUCAUAUUUAAAUGUAAGAAAUAUGAAAAGAAUCCAAACCGUGCAUUGAAUGAUCGUGCACGGCGGCUGGGAUCUGUUUCGUCAUUGAGAGGCAGGCACGGUGAUCCCUUUGACAAGUGACGCUCCCUCUGCUGUUAGCCAUUGUGUGGCCAAGCGGCUAGCACAUUAGCUGUAAAUACGCUCACUUCUUUAUGCAGAUGGCAGACACAAAAGGCGCAGCCAUGCAGACCCUGAAGCUGAUCUCCGCGACCGACCCCCAGUAUUCGGCCGCUUUGCUCCAGGCGAUGAACGAGCAACGAAACAGCGGAUUAUUUUGCGACGUCACCAUCAUCAUCCAAGACAGGAAGUUCCGAGCCCACAAAAGCAUCCUGUCAGCAUCGAGUACUUAUUUCCACCAGCUGUUCGUUGUGGCGGGGCAGGUCAUAGAGCUGAACUUUCUCCGAGCGGAGAUCUUUGAGCACAUCCUUAAUUUCAUUUACAGCUCCAAGAUCGUACGGAUUCGCUCGGACUUGUUGGAAGAGCUCAUCUCGGCCGGGCAGACGCUCGGGGUCAAGUUCAUUGCCAAGCUGGCGACGCCCCUCUCGCGAGUCAAGGGUUUGCCGGGUUUGUCCAAGGAGGACGAAAGCCGGGAUGAAUCGUCGUCUGAGAUGGUCAUGCCCAUCAUCUCAGAGUCCUUCUCAAUAUCUGCGGAGGAGUUCAGCAAACCGGCAGAUCAUGAAGCCGACUCGGACGACGACGACGUUAUGUUUGUCUCGCAGACAGACUCCAAAUCCAGAGUCUCGGCGGAGGUCAUUGAUUUGGAGACGGUGGAUUCAGUUGAGAAGGAGCCAAGCAAAGAACCCGCAGAGCCAAAGCUUCCUGACAGCAGCCCUCUGCGUAGUCCGGACAGCAGCUCCAAGGACUAUAAUUCCCCGGCCAGGGUGUCGUCUGGAAGUACUGCCAGCCUGACCGGUGGCGGCGGCGGCGGCGGCGGCGGCGGCAACCAGGAGCUCCAGAGUGCCUCUCAGUCGUGUGGAACCAGCACGGCGAAGGGGGGCAACGCAGACAUACUGGGAGUCCACAAAAAGCAAGUUUCCUCCUCACCUCAGCAAGGAGAUUCCAAAAUCAGGCUGCUGGACAUUUCGGAAAGAAACAUCAAACUGCCGACGGCAACCAAAAAGACGGUAACACUCAAUGCGGCAACAGAAAUCGAUUCCAUUUCUCCCAAUUGUAAAGUUUACGCCAACAUCGGGGAGAACACCUACGAUAUCGUCCCGGUGAAGGAGGAUCCGGGAGAAGGCGGCUCAAAAUCCAACAAAGGGAAGAGAUCCAUAGCGGAAAUACCCGGGAACCUCAAGGUGGGACCAAACAAGAAGAAAUCCAAAUCAGAGCUGGACGACCACUACGAGCUCAUCAUGGACGGCAAGACGUUCUACGUGUGCGUCGUGUGCAAGCGACCCUACGUGUGCCUGACCAGCCUCCGCCGCCACUUCAACACGCACUCGUGGGAAAAGAAGUACCCGUGCCGCUACUGCGACAAAGUUUUUGCUCUGGCCGAGUACAGGACUAAGCACGAAAUCCAGCACACGGGCGAGCGGCGGUACCAGUGCCUGAUGUGCAGCGGGACCUUCCUCAACUACCAGCUGCUGUCCAACCACUGCAAGCAGGUCCACAACCAGGACCCCAGCGGCAGGAAGGCCAAAGAAGACGGCGAGGACAACAUCUACCGCCUGCUGCCGUCCAAGUCGGUGCAGAUGAAGCCGUACUCGUGGACCACGGAGGGGGCUGCCAUCCCAUUCAUCUCCGAGGACGGCAGCGUGCAGCAUCUCCCACCAGGCCACGAGGACGUCGUCCACCCACCCGUCCAGAACCGAAUGCUGCACUGGGACAACCUUUUCGUGGAGUCCGAGGAGCAAAUGCUGAUGGGCGGGCAAGGACGGCCGCCCAUGAAUGCUCGUCCUCCUCAGGCGAAGGCGGAAUACGCUUUCACUAUUCCGGAGACGUAUUGACAGAUGCUGGAUCUCGCUAUCACUUGUGCCUUUUCAGGGGCCCCCGCUUUGGACUUCGAGUACUCCUCUUCCACUCCUCCCUUCUCUGAUGCUGGUCCAGAUGAGUGAAUGUUGACAGAACUGAAAACAUGACAAGCCAUGUGACCCUUAUUUUUGAAGGAAAGAACAGUGAUUUGUUGAACGAUGGACGAGGAUGAAAACAUUUGGUAAUUAUGGAUAAUGAAGUAUUGAUGACCUUUCGGCCAUGUUGCCUCCAACAUGGAAUCUGUUACGUAAAACAGAGCACUGCACAUUACAGUAUGUAAAAAGCAUACCCAGGCCUUUUUAACUACACUAUGCUUUCUUUGCGUUGUUGAGGGGUUCAGUUUAAGCCGGGAGUGUCCAGCCUUUUUGUACCGAGGAUGCACAGGGCACCCCUGUCAUUUUAUUUAAUUUAAUUUUAUUUUUUUUACACUAAAGGUGCUGCAUGCCUUGCUUAGGUAAUGCAUGGUGGAACGCCAACUUUGGAAUGUCCUUCUGGCAUUUUAACCCGGCCUCUUUCUCUUCCCAGCACAUGAGCCACAUGUCACGUAACAUACACACGUGUGCAUUAGUUAUGUGUGUGGUCGUUAGCUUAUAAUGGUGAUUUGGCUAAAUUUUGCAAUUUUCCUAUCCUUUUGUGUAUGUGCACGUGCUACAGACAUGUACGUAUACAAGACGGUGGUAAGUGAACACCUUUAACGCCAACUGAAAUUCUCUAAAAAAAAAAAAACAAUUUACAAUGAGAAUCUCGGUUUGUGUCAUUCAUUCACUCAAACCAAAACGUACCCCAACUGAAUACAUUUUACCCUUAUAAUCUGUUCCAGACACUCCGAGUCAUUUUAAUAGUUUUUUUUUUUUUACAAGUAAAACAAUUUGAAAUGCAUAUGAAAAGGAUACAUGAACUUUUAUUGUCACUUUUGCGGUGAGUGAUGAGAUGAAACACCACCUUUGGGUUUUGCUAUGAGUUACGUCUUGGACGUAAUCCUGAUUCUCACCUUCUUUAUCAAAAUGUUGGCACUUGGCAACUUUUUUUGGCUCCACCGUGGAUUCUUUUGCAACCAUGGUCACUAAGAAAAGCAGACAUUAUUUGUUCAGUCUGUUCUUCUAAACCGCUGUUAGUGUUGCUAGCUGCUGGUGGUUUUAUGUUUUUUUUAAAACAUAAAUAUCUUAAGUUUGUGUCGUAUUACUGAAAGUGUGUCAAAUGUAAUAUAUUAUUUAAAAAUGGGACAAAAAACAACGAGCAGGCCAAAACCAGUCCUCAGGUCGCACUUUGGACACCCCUGGUUUAAGCAGACCAACUAUGAUCAUUCCACAUUCAAUGUUUUGAAUGAAAUGAACAUUUCACAUCUUUGCACUUGAGUAUGAUCUGAAAAGUUGUUUAUUAUUGGCAAGCCCACAUAUGGGGAUCAUGGAAGGUAUUGCUUUUAAUGUGGAGCUUUUUUUAAGACUGUUUUCAUGUUUUUGCAACUCCAAAAUGUGCAUUACCAGAGUGACUCACGAAACGACUGUUGACUGAAAGGUUAGCACUUAGUAUUUCAUCAUGCUUCUUCAUGUUUGGACUCUUUGAAAUGGACUUUUCACUGUGUCUAAGAGUGUAGUGGUGAGUAAAUGAGUAGAGGUAGCAGAGACGUUCUGCGUCACGUCAAUAAUCAACGGAUUAACAUUGGGUUGUGUGUGAUGUACAGUAUAUAUUUGUGUCCUUAUUUUGUAGAGCCAAGCUUGCUUUUUUAUAAUGUGGCUGUAUGUUGUGUAUUCAGAAAUGUUCCUUCUGUCUUUAUGACAAUAAAUUAUUCUUUUACUGU